UGGCGGAGGGGUUGCCACGGCAACGCGGAGCGGCAUGGCGGCGGGCGGGCGGCCGCCGGGCCUCUGGGAGCGGGUGUGCGCAGAGUAUGAAGCAGAACAGCCUCAAUUUCCAGAUGUUCCUGAAUCAAAACAUGGAUCUGUGUCUUUGGAAGCAGGAAUAUUGCAGCCAUUACAUAUGGAACAAUUUUAUUCAGACCCUGCAGCUGAUACUGUUAUCCAACAGUCACUUCCCAUACCUGAGGCAGCCCCCAUUUCAGAACCACCUGAUCCAAAAACAUGUUCUCCUCGAGAAUACUUAGAGUAUUACGUAUUUCCAGUACUCUUACCUGGAAUGGCUGAACUUCUGCAUCAAGCAAAGAAGGAAAAGUGUUUCGAGAGAAAAAGGACCAAAUUUAUUGCCUGUGAUUUCCUAACUGAGUGGUUAUACAACAAGAACCCAAAGAGGAAAGAUGAGUCAUUCACAGAAUUCUUUUCCAUUCCUUUUGUUACCGACUGGCUAAAGGACCAUCCUAGGCCACCAAUUCCUCUGUCUCUCCUUCUGUCAGAAGAAGAAGCAAGCAUAGUAAUUCAGUCCUUCUGGAGAGGUUAUCGGGUCCGUUGUGAUAGUGAAGUACAAGAGCUACGUCAGUGGCAAAAGCAGUUGAGAGAGGACAAAAACAUUUUUAAGAGAGUGAAAGAAUUCUGGACUAAGCAGGAAGCCAAAGCUUCCAUACUAGAAGGAGACCUUUAAAGUUCCUGCUAAAACACUUAGAGGAAAAAUGCCUUCCUGACCUGACAUUGCGCCAAACGAGAGUGCUGUUUUCCUCCAUGUCUGGUCUGUAUCCAGAGGAAACAUCAAACCCAGAGGAAAUCAAAGAUACAUAAAGAUGAAUAGGAACAUGAAGUGCCUGGACAACGUGACCCAAGCCUUCUUUUGGGGGCUGCCAAAGCAACGUGGCAACUAUUGGCUGGGAUUCCAAAGUCCUCUUCUCAAUUAGAGAGAAUAAAAAGCAGUGUGACUAGUAACGAAAUCCUUUAUCCAACUGUGGGACAGCACCAGUCUGCAACCUGCACUACAGAACACCAUCAGGUUGUGCUUCCCAGCACUGGUUGCAUAAGCAUCCCUGUGUAUUUUCUCAUAUGUGUUAAAUGUUCAGCAAUGGUUUGGAUCUCUUAAGCAACCAGCUGUUUGCUGGCCUCUUCAGUAAUCAUUCAAAAACAUUUCACUGCAAAUUUUAAUGAUGUGUCAUCACACAUUGUUCUACGUCACCAAACAGCUAUAACAAGGAACACAACAAUGACCUUAAAACCUCUAUGUAUGCAUAGUCUGUUCAGAUGUUCAAGCCUUCAGAACAAAGACUGUCUUUGAACUUGUCUAUAUGCCACUUCGCAUUUUUUCCCUCACAGUGUCACAAAGUGGCACUAAACCCCAUUUUAAUGGAAAUAUAAUUAAUAGUAAUAAUUUUGUUGCGCAAGAGGCUGAGCGUUUUGUAACAUAGAGCACUUACUUGAUUUUUUCUUGAUUUUUUGAAAAUACUUCAUAUUAAAUGUUGUUAACUGAUAGUGACAAAAAAUGUCAUUUAAACUAUUUUAAAACAGAGGGUAUUUUUUCCACAGUGAAUUUUUUUGGCUUUCAGUGUUGGCUUUGCAUUUGAAAUUGUUCAAUUUUUCAAUGAAAAAACCCCAUGCAGAAGAAUCAUUUUAACAAAACACAUGUAUAUUCUGUAUUGCAUUUUUUUCCACUUUUUUUCCUCCCACUAGGUGAUACCUUAGUGAAAAUUGUAAAAGGGAACAAUAUGUAGUGUGCAAAAUAUGGCAUUUGUAAUAACCCUUGUUUUGAACACCUGAAAAAUGUCUCACACAGAUGAUUUGCUUGGCUACUACAGGAAAAUAUAGUCCUCUAUAGUAAAUUCUUACCUGCAUUAUGUUCAUCCAUUGAAAAGGCUUUGUUUUCCAUGUAGCUCCGAGGAAGCUGUAUAUCUUCCUCAAAAGCAGUUUCACGCAUCCUUGGCUGUGAAGUAUCAAAAUAAUUGGGAGUGUU